GCCUCCUUCAGAACCGUCAUGCUUGAAUCCUACCUCGUCCUGCUUUCUCCGAGACACAGGCUCAUCGCUUGUCCAAAAACCGUACGUUGGCUGCUUGAACGGUUCAAGAAUUGCCUAGGCGUCUAUAACUCCUGUUGACUCCCACCUGAACUCCGAGUCGCGCACACCAGUUCGUUCUUAUAGCCAUGGUGAAGAAGAAGAUCCUUCUCAUGGGAGCGUCAGGAAGCGGCAAGACGUCGAUGCGGGCCUUGAUCUUCUCAACACACCCAUCCUCGCUCACGAUGCGCUGGAGUCCAACCAUCGAGGUCGACCAGAACCACGUGCGAUUCUUCGGCGACCUGAUCCUCAAUCUCUGGGACUGCGGCGGGCAGGACAGCUACAUGGACGGCUAUCUCGCGACACAGCAAGCCACCGUCUUCCAGCACGUCGGCGUGCUCAUCUAUGUCUUUGACGUGCAGACGCCGCACCUCGACAAAGACCUCGAGUACUACCAGCGCUGCCUCGCCGCGCUCCGCACAUACAGCCCCGGCGCGGCCGUCUUUCUGCUCGUGCACAAGAUGGAUCUCGUGAGCGAUCCGCGCGAGAAGCGCAAGACGCUUGAACGCAAGACGCAAGAGCUCAAGGAGGCGAGCGGGGACGCUGAGGUCACGGUGUUUGGAACGACUAUACACGAUGAGAGCCUCUACAAGGCAUGGUCGCGGAUAGUGCACACGCUUAUCCCGAACGCCGGCGUCCUCUCAAAGCACCUCACGACGCUUGGGUACGCCUGUAGUGCGACUGAGGUCAUCCUCUUUGAGCGCACGACCUUCCUCGUCAUCGCUACCUCCUCUCCUACUCCUACAACCGUUGCGCCUGUCUCCGCCUCCACCUCUCCCGCGCCGAACCCCCUCAAUGACCUCCAGACGCCGACGACUACCUCGGGGGUCUCUCUUCCCACGACGGAGCAUGAGUCCGUCGAGCCCGACGCUAACCCGCACCAACUCUCGCCGACACGCUACGAGCGCACGUCAGAGCUCAUCAAGGGUUUCAAGCUCUCGUGCUCGCGCGUGCGCGAGGAGUUCCAGUCCCUCGAGGUUGAGCUCGCGGACUUUACCGCGGUACUCGACGAGCUUACGAAGAACACGUAUGUACUCAUCGUCGUGCAUGACCCCACAAUAGAAACUGCCGCAUUGCGCAUGAAUAUCCGCUUGGCUCGCAAGAAGUUUGAAGAGCUCCAAGGGGACAGUCUCAUUUCGUAGACACGUCUUUCAUGUGCAGUCCCAUCGCUGUUCUCCUUUCACGCUGUAUACCCGUUUUCCAUUCCAGUCGGCUUCACAGGCGCUCAUUUGUGUGCAAUGAUGUGAUUGUGGUUCAGCGACUCCAUGUUCCUGAACUCCAUGCAUAUGCUAAGCUUUGAUCUCGCAGUCCCGCGCUCAGGGCGAGGAAGCGAC